UUCUGAUGUGGUGAACUUGACAGUCGUGUAUAGUUGUUUACUAACGUUAAACCGUCCCAGUAACUUAGUUGUCAACCUUUGUUAAAGCUCGUCUGUCGCGGGUUAUUGAACGCCAGGGUGUUUUCUCUCUGAAUAACGGGGCAGCGAUGAGAAGCGGUGGACCGGUCGGCCGGUCAGGUUUGCUUUAGACCGGUUUAGAAACUGGUUCACUGGAAACUCUCCAUUUUCGAGGCUGCCUACCACCGACACGUAACUCAGGUCCCAAAACAAAGAAUAUAGCUGUUAUGACAAUGGUUUCCUUCGCUUUAGUUGUUUUGUACCACUGUUGCUAUUCACAGGACGUUUUUUUUAGCUAGCAAACUUGCCGAUGGUUAGCUGGGUUAGCUAACGUUAGCUAUUUAACAGCACUUUGGCCAGCGACCAUUGGAGUUGUUUUUGUCGCCAAUCUGUGUCCGUGCCUUUGUCGACCAUGGAGACCACUCAGGUGACUUUGGCUGUGAGAGGAGAAACAUCCCCAGGGGAGGUGAUUGCAGUUGUUGGUAGCUGUGAAGCCCUGGGGAGCUGGAGCCAUCAAAAAGCUGUGACCUUACAUUCUGAUGGUAAUGAUGGAAAUACGUGGACUACAACAAUCACUGUACCUAAAGGAGUGGUUUCCAAGUACCGCUAUUUCAAAGGCUUGUUCCUGGAGUCAAAGCUCAUCAACAGGAAGGGCAGAAACAGAUUUCAACCCAUGGUGGCUGACUGCCCUAAUUGGGAAUUGAGUGCAGGUGGUCCCAGUCAAGUGAUAGUCAAUAAGUGGGAGACCCAUCAACAGCCCCGCACGAUGAGCCCCACAGCGGCACACCAGACAAUUGAUGAUGGACAAUUUGGAAUUCAGAAUGGGCUGAAUUGUGUUGACUCUGGGUGGCUGACGUGUCAGACAGAGAUUCGCCUGCGUCUGCACUAUUCUAAGGUGCCCCCAGUGUCUAUCACUAAGAAGAAAUUCAAGAAUUCUCGCUUCAGAAUCAAGCUGGCAUUAGAGGGCAUCGAGGAGGAGGAGGAUGACGAGGAGGAAGGUGAGCCCAGUCCUUCAUCAUGCCACAAGAUGACCCCCACUCUGGAGAUCAGUGUGAUCAGUGCCAAUGGUUAUAAGUCGCGUCACUCGCAGCCUGAAUGUGGGUAUGGACUGGACCCCUCCCAGUGGACUGAAUACAGUAUCCAUACCAUGGACCCAGACAACCUGGAGCUCACCUUUGAGUUCUUUGAGGAGGACCUGAGUGAACAUGUAGUCCAAGGGGAUGCCCAUCCAGGACACGCGGGCACAGCUUGCCUCCUCUCCUCUUCUUUUUUGGAGAUUGGUAAGGACAACGGAGUAGCCACACUUCCCAUUAUGGGUCGAAAUUCCAGACAGACCAUUGGAAAAGUCAGAGUGGAUUACCUGGUGAUCCGGCCCAUCCAAGGGCUACAGUGUGACAUGAGCUCCUCGUUCACCAAGUACUGGAAGAAAAGAGGCGCUCUGAAUGUGGGUCACAGAGGAGCUGGCAGCACCCACGCAGCCAAGCACCAAAGAAUCAGGGAGAAUACAAUAGCCUCAUUUAAAAGUGCUGCCAACCAUGGGGCAGCCUACGUAGAGUUUGAUGUCCACCUCUCCAAAGAUGAUGUUCCUAUUGUAUACCAUGAUCUGACAUGCUGCAUAUCCACCAGGAAGAAAAAUGACAAGACUUCUCUCGAGUUUAUUGAGGUGCCAGUCAAAGACUUGACAUUUGAUCAGCUGCAGCUUCUGAAGCUGGCCCAUGCCACUGCGAUAAAAGGAAACAAUGACAAAGAUUUGCUGGACGAUGAAGAUGAAAUCGAUGAGCAUCAGCCAUUCCCGUCUCUCUCACAGAUUUUCCAAGCUAUUCCUGAGCAUGUAGGCUUCAACAUUGAGCUCAAAUGGAUCUGCCAGAUGAGGGACGGUUCAUGGGACGGCAACCUAUCGUCCUACUUCAACAUGAAUAAGUUCCUCGACAUCGUCCUGUCCUGUGUUCUGCAGAAAGGUGGAAAAAGACGCAUUGUCUUCUCCUGCUUCGACCCAGAUAUCUGCACAAUGGUGCGUCAGAAGCAGAACAGGUACCCCAUCCUCUUUCUGACUCAGGGAAUUUCAGACAGGUAUCCUGAGCUGAUGGACAUCCGCUGCCAGAGUACUCAGAUCGCCAUAAGUUUUGCCCAGAGCGAGAAUAUUCUGGGGAUCAGUGGCCACACAGAGGAGCUGCUAAAGAACCUUAGCUACAUUGCGGAUGCCCAGUCUAAAGGCCUGGUGGUGUUCAGCUGGGGAGAAGACAACAACGACCACGAGAACAGAAGGAAGCUGAGAGAGCAGGGAAUUGAUGGGCUCAUCUACGAUAGUAUCUGUGAGGAACAAGGAGAGCAGCCAAACAUCUUCAAAGUAGAGGAGCAACACACCCUGCAGGAGGUUAUUACAGAGGAGACCCUAAUGAGCUCCACCUGUUCCUGCUACUCGAUCCCCUGCUCCAUGGCUCCCUGCAUUGCCUCCAACUCCCAUGCUGGCAGCACUGAGUCCGAUUCUGGCCUCAGCUCCUCAUAAAUAUCCCUAAACUUCUACCUUUCAGUGGACCUCACAGUACAUUCAUACUCAUGCUGGGAAUGGAUUAUUGAGCAAAAACGUGUUGAAAAGUGACAACUUAGGUUUGUGUGUAUAUAUUCUAAAAUUUGUUUAAGGUUGUUAGAAGAUUUUAUCAUUUCUUUCUUCAUACAUGAUCACAAGAGUAAAACCACUUAAACCAUCUCCACCCUACUCCACUGCUGCAGUUACAGAUUGUGUUCAUGGUCUUGUAUCUUCACAAAAGUUUUGUUAUUUAUGCUUUGUAUUAAAAUAAAUGGAAGUUUUGCCAAGAUUUUAAGCCAGUCAUGCAUGUAUUUGUUGUACUAUUUAGUAAUCAUAACAGGCUGUACCGAGGUGGCAUAAUAGUGGAACAAUGUCAAACUGGGAAUUUAUGCUUGACAGCGGAUAUUUAUUUAGCCAAUAUGUUGCAUCUCUUCAUAGUCUAAGUGCUAAAAUAUAAUGCGUAUGAUAUUUUAAGAGGGUAAACAUUUGACUAAACUUCAAAUUGUAUGUUAUAAAGUGUAUGAUGCAGGAUUAUACUGGUUUUUUUUCUCUUUCUGCUGUUACCUCUUUCCUGAUCAUGUAUUCAUUACCUUAAGUAUUAUUUUCAUUGUCUUAACUAGCAAUGAGUAAUACCUACUUAUUGCUAUUUCAGGUAUUGUUAGACAUAGUACACAUUACACAAGCUGUGCAUCGGUGCAGGUCAUCAUUAAUGAAUGAUCUGUUUUGGUGGAUAGAGUACAUGCCUGUCUGUUGAAAACGCUUGCUCCUCUCCACAGUUUCAAACUCCUGCUUAUUUACUCGUAAUGAUUAAGACAUUUUGUUGUAAAUGACAUACUGCAUACUGGAAGUACUGUAUCAUUUAUCCCUUUAUCUACUUGAUUUGAGGAAGAGCAGAAGAAUGUUUUAUUUGCAAAAGUGCACAUACAUAUCACAGCCUUAAGGGGGGAAAAUGAUGUCUGUUUCUGUUUUCUUGCCUUUGUUUCAAACUCCAAUACCUCACUCUUCAUCUAAACAACUAAACUCAAUUUUAUUCGGUCUAGAGUAAACAAAUGUUUCUGAUAAAUCCACUUUAACAACAACCAUGUUUUUUGUUAUUGCAUGGCAGAUAAUUUUUUGGCACAAAUUACGGUUGAAAUAGUAAUUUGAACCUUGAAGUGGUGCUUCAGCAUAAUACAUUGGUAAUGCUGUGUUUUAAAAACAGCAAAACCAUUUCAUUUUAGUAUACUGUAUGUUUAUCUGUCUCAUUGGACAAUCUCUUAACUUAAAACUCUAAUGACAGAGCCAUGCAUGAUCUGUAUACCUGUCUGAAUGAAUAUCCUCAGAGAAUGAACAAGUCUAGUGUGUGAUAUAAACUGCCUCUUCAGGACAGACGAGUGUAAAUGGUUAUGUAAAUAAAUUCAAAACUUAUAUAUAUGA